AUUACUUCAAAGUUCACAGACAAAACAUAAAAGACCAAAACUGCUUCCAUUCCCUUAUCUUCUUUCCCUCACCCUUUGUCCCUUCCCCCCUUUUCUCUGUCUCCCAUCUCCAUCCCCCCAAGAUGAAGUUGGAGUCUCUCUUUGGGAACAGCAGCCCAAAACAAAUCAUCCCAAAAGUGAUUCUACUUGCAAUCUUUGCCAUAUUCUUAUUUUUCAUCACCCCACUCUCUCACCCUCUGUUUGGUUCUUCACUGAAUAAACAACCAUCCCCUGCAUAUGAUGAUGGUUUGAAAUUGACUGAGCAUGCAAGGCUGCCCUCAACAUCAUUGAGGAAUUGUGACAUUUUCAAUGGGGAAUGGGUGCCAGAUCCAAAGGCACCAUAUUACACAAACAAAACAUGCUGGGCAAUUCAUGAGCACCAGAAUUGCAUGAAGUAUGGUAGGCCUGACUCAGAGUUCAUGAAAUGGAGGUGGAAGCCAAAUGAGUGUGAGCUACCACUUUUCAACCCUUUCCAGUUUCUUGAAGUUGUGAAGGGAAAAUCAAUGGCAUUUGUUGGAGAUUCAGUUGGCAGGAACCAGAUGCAGUCUAUGAUUUGCCUCCUUUCUAGAGUGGAGUGGCCCAUAGAUGAAUCAUACACAUCAGACAACAAUUUCAUGAGAUGGAGGUACCCAAGUUACAACUUCACCAUGGCCAAUUUUUGGACACCCCAUUUGGUCAGAUCCAAAGAAGCAGAUCCAAAUGGCCCAACCAACACUGGUCUCUUCAAUCUCUACCUUGAUGAGUUUGAUGAGAGGUGGACAACCCAAAUUCAAGAUUUUGACUAUGUCAUUCUCAAUGGAGGACACUGGUUCUAUAGGCCAAUGGUGUUCUAUGAGAAGCAAAAAAUUGUUGGAUGCCAUUUCUGCCUCUUAAAAAAUGUCACUGAUUUAACCAAGUACUAUGGCUACAGAAAAGCUUUUCGGACAGCGUUUAAAGCCAUCAAUAGUCUAGAAAACUUUAAGGGUGUAACAUUUCUUAGGACAUUUGCACCAUCUCAUUUUGAGGGUGGGUUGUGGAAUCAAGGUGGGAAUUGUGAGAGAACCAAACCAUUUAGGAGCAAUGAGGCACAAAUAAAUGGCACUGAAUUGGAGUUAUAUAUGAUCCAAUUGGAGGAAUAUAGAAUUGCUGAGAAGGAAGCAAGAAAGAAGGGUUUGAAAUUAAGGUUGCUUGACAUCACACAGGCAACGUUUUUGAGACCAGAUGGUCACCCAAGCAAGUAUGGGCAUUGGCCACAUGAGAAUGUGACAUUGUAUAAUGAUUGUGUGCAUUGGUGCUUACCAGGGCCAAUAGACACCUGGAGUGAUUUCUUGCUGGAGAUGUUGAAGAUGGAGGGUGUGAGAUCUACUCAUGGACAUGGGAUUCAUUUGCAGACAAAUUGAGAAUCACUUCGAUUUAUAAAUUAUUAUCAUUAUAUACCUGUUUUAUUCUUGUAAACUAUCAAUGACAGUAUUUUUUUUUUAAUUUCAUAUAGAAAAAAAAAUUGAUAUGCUAUGAUGGGCAUGCAAUUUCUAA